UCUUCCUCCCCCUGUAAUCUUUACACUAAAAACACUACAGCAAAACCCUCAAUUUCCUUCCUUUCCUUUCCUUUCCUCCAUAAAAAGAAAAAGAACCCAGAAGGGAAAAAAAAUACAGGGAGAAACAACACAAUGCAGCAAAGGAAGUAUCUUGUUCUUCUCUUUUUCUCAGUUAUUCUUCUGUUCCAAACCUCAAAUGGCCAUAACAUAACACGUCUUCUUGCAAAGCACCCAUCUUUAUCAACAUUCAACCAUUACCUCACUCUCACACACUUAGCUCCAGAGAUCAACCGCCGCACAACCAUCACUGUUCUUGCCUUGGACAACUCAGCCAUGUCAUCUCUCUUAGCUAAAAAACCUUCCAUUUACACCCUCAAAAACAUCCUUUACCUUCAUGUUCUUCUUGACUACUUUGGUGCCAGGAAACUUCACCAAAUAACCAAUGGCACUGCACUAGCUGCUACUAUGUUCCAAGCUACUGGGGUGGCUCCUGGGGUUGCAGGGUUUGUUAAUAUAACCGAUUUUAAAGGUGGCAAAGUUGGUUUUGGAGCUGAAGACAAUGGUGGAAGUUUGGAUUCUUUUUUUGUUAAAUCUGUUGAGGAAAUUCCUUACAAUAUAUCCGUGAUUCAGAUCAGCAAGGCUUUACCUUCUGCUGUAGCUGAGGCUCCUACUCCAGGGCCAAGUGAGCUGAAUAUUACUAGAAUUAUGUCAGCACAUGGAUGUAAAGUGUUUGCUGAUACUCUUUUGGCAAAUCCUGAAGCCAUGGGAACAUAUGAGGAUAAUGUUAAUGGAGGAUUAACUGUGUUCUGCCCUCUGGAUGAUCCAUUUAAAGCUUUUUUACCAAAGUACAAGAACUUGACAGCCGCACGGAAAGCAUCUUUCCUAGAAUUUUUUGGCAUCCCAGUGUACCAGUCUUUGUCCAUGUUGAAAUCCAACAAUGGAAUCAUGAACACAUUAGCUACUGAUGGAGCUAGCAAGUUUGAUUUCACUGUGCAAAAUGAGGGUGAAGAGGUGACACUAAAGACAAAGGUCAACACUGUCAAAAUAACUGGGACUUUGAUUGAUGAGGAGCCUGUGGCAAUUUAUACGAUCGAUAAGGUCUUGAUGCCUAAAGAAUUGUUCAAGGCAGCUCCUACUCCAGCCCCAGCCCCAGCCCCAGAGGAGGCAGCAGAUGCACCAAAGGGAUCCAAAUCAAAAUCCAAGUCUAAGUCCAAGUCCAAGGCAGCACCAACACCUGAAUCAGACUCACCAGCUGAUUCACCUGAUUCUGACCCAGCUGAUCUGACAGCUGAUGAUAAUGCUGCUGUGAGUUUCAGGGGUGGAAGGUUUGCUGCCGUUGGAUUGAGCUUCUUGUUGGUGUUUUUGUUGCUGUAAGUUUUCCAGUUUAGUUUUGUCUUCCUUUUUCUUCUCACUUUUAUAUUUUGGAGAAAUGAGAAUAAGUGAUGCCUGUUAUCGGCUAAUUUAUUACUCGCCUUCAGUGUGGUUAGUUAAAUUUUUUUUUUUUUUGGUUGAUAUUGUUUUUAGAGUGUGAGGAGUUUCCGAAGUAUUAUUUUUAUGUUGGAUAGAUUAACUAAGGUGUACUGGAUGUAAGUUUGAUUAAUGUUUAUUGUCAAAAAGACAUGUUGCUGGAUGAUGGUUUUCCCAUCAGUUUUCAUGUUAUGUUCUUGCCUACAGUAAAUUCAAACUUGUUAUGUCUGCUGAUAUCAAUUAAGUUUGGUGUAUGAUAUUGAUGAUAAUUUUUGUUUGAAGUAACAAAACUAUAGAAAAUCACCUUUUUUUUCAAUGAACUCAACUGUCCCUCAUCUAAUCACAAUCUCAUUUAUGAAUGGUUC